AUGGUGCAGCGUGUGGCCGUGAUCGGGGCCGGGGUCGGUGGGUUGGCCUCUGUCAAGUGCUGCCUGGAUGAGGGGCUGGAGCCCACCUGCUUCGAAAGGAGCGAGGACAUCGGCGGGGUCUGGCGCUACACGGACUUCAUGGAUGAUAGGAGGGUCAGCGUGUACCGCUCAGUCAUUACCAACACCUCUAAGGAGAUGUCCUGCUUCAGUGACUUCCCCUGCCCGGAGGAUUUUCCCAACUACCUACCCCACAGCCUCCUCCUGGAGUAUUUUCGGAUGUACGCCCAGCACUUUGACCUCCUGCGGUACAUACGCUUCAAGACAACAGCUGUCAGUGUGAGAAAGCGCCCAGAUUUCACCACCUCAGGCCAGUGGGAAGUGGUCACUGAGACCAGUGGUGUCCGUGAGUCCCACAUCUUUGAUGCUGUCAUGGUUUGCACUGGCCACUACCAGGAGCCCUAUUUACCAUUGGCUUCUUUCCCAGGCAUCGACACUCGCUUCAGAGGCCAGUACCUCCACAGCCUGGAAUACAAAAAUGUGGAUGUUUUCCGGGGAAAGAGGGUCCUUGUGGUUGGCAUUGGCAACACUGGUGGUGACCUCGCCGUGGAGCUGAGCCACGUGGCUGCCAAGGUGUUCCUCAGCACCAGGAGCAACACGUGGGUGCUCAGCCGAGUCUCAGACCAUGGUUUCCCCUGUGACAUGGUUGGGACCACCCGUUUCAACCACUUUCUUGACUGGCUUCUCCCAUCAGCCCUCACCAGGAGGAUCAGAUUUCGGAGGUUCAACUCAUGGUUUAACCACACCAACUAUGGCUUGGCUUCUACCAAAAGCUCCAAAUUUAAGCUGAUUAUCAAUGAAGAGCUGCCAUUCUGCCUCCUGUCUGGGACUGUGGUGUUGAAGCCAAGUGUGAAGGAGUUCACCGAAAGCUCUGCUAUUUUUGAAGAUGGGACAAUGGAAGAAAACAUUGAUGUGGUGCUUUUUGCCACAGGCUACAUCUUUUCAUUUCCCUUCCUCGAAGAGUCAGUUCGCAGCCUCAUCGAUGAUAACCGUUCCCUCUAUAAAUGCAUCUUCCCUCCCCAGCUGGAAAAGCCAACACUGGCCAUCAUUGGCUUAGUCCAGCUGACUGGCUCAGUGAUGGUGGGAUCAGAAAUGCAGGCUCGCUGGGUGUCAGGGGUCUUUGCAGGCUGGAACAAGCUCCCUCCCACCAGCAGGAUGAUGGCUGAUGUUUUGAAGAAGAAGCCACCGGUCAAAAAGAAUCCAUCCGAGAGGGAGAACUUGAAGAUGAGUUUUAUCAGCUACAUGGAUGAAAUUGCUGCAUGUGCUGGUGUGAAGCCCAACGUGCUGAAGCUGCUCCUGACAGACCCUCAGCUGGCCCUAGCCAUCUUCUUCGGGCCCUGCUCACCCUACCAGUACCGCCUGGUGGGACGGGGGAAGUGGACUGGGGCCAGAAAUGCCAUCCUGACACAGUGGCAGCGCACGCUGAAGCCCUUGAGAAGUCGGGUGGUGGAUGAUUCCUCCAAUGGCUCCUCCAGCCGGAGCUGGCUGGCCCUGCCAGUGGCUCUCACAGCAGGUUUCCUCCUUUAUAAAUACCCCCAGCCAGGCUGGAGCCCCUGGGCAGGUUCCCAGCUGUAG